UGAGGGAAUGUGAUGCAGACUCCGUGUCAGCACUGUGGGCCAGGCUUCCUAUUCAUACCGAAGCUGUCAAACCAGUCCCCUGUGCCCCAAUAUACCGCGCUUCCUCCCCUCGCCCCCCCACCUUCCAAACACGGCGACCGGGGAUAGCUAGCCCGAACGCUGCCAUUGCUCUGCAAUGCGAGUCUCCGCCAGCAGGAAGGAGCGUGCACUGCUCGAGGCCGGCUUUAUCUAGCUGCCGUUGCGGGAUGGGGUGCGCGGAUCUCCCGGGGCUCUGCUCGCCGUGUGUCCUUUGAGCCGUCCGUGCACGGUGUAGGCCCGUGUGUCGCCCGGAGAGGACGGGGGAGAGAGAGCGCUUCCCAUUGAUCGAGCGAGGUUAAAGACAAGAUGAGGGGAACUUUAUGGCAGUGACUUUGGCAGACACUUAUUGCACCUAAAGAGCAGAAAAUCAUCAGGUUUCCCCAAAUGACUUUCCUGGCAGUCAUUUAAAAACCUGCAAGUGGAGUUCCUUGGGAGACUGAUUCUGACUGCUUUGGAGGUGCAGAGAUUUCUUCAAGAUGCUGAUUAAGGAAUAUCGCAUCCCACUUCCCAUGACAGUAGAGGAAUACCGGAUUGCACAGCUUUACAUGAUCCAGAAAAAGAGCAGAGAAGAGACAUGCGGGGAAGGCAGUGGAGUGGAAAUCCUGGAGAAUAGACCAUACACAGAUGGCCCCGGUGGCACUGGUCAGUACACACACAAGGUUUAUCACAUUGGCAUGCACAUUCCCAGCUGGUUCCGAUCCAUUCUGCCUAAAGCUGCACUACGUGUGGAAGAAGAAUCAUGGAAUGCUUAUCCCUAUACAAGAACCAGGUACACCUGUCCGUUUGUGGAAAAAUUCUCAAUAGAUAUUGAAACCUUCUACAAAUCUGAAUCUGGAGAGCUUGCCAAUGUCUUUAACCUUUCUCCUGCUGAGAAACGUCAGACAGUAUUGGAUCCAAUUGAUAUUGUGAACGAUCCAAUCCCCCCUCAUGAAUAUAAGCCAGAGGAGGACCCCAAAAUAUACAACUCUGUGAAGACCAAAAGAGGCCCCUUGUCUGAUGACUGGAUAGAGGAACAUAGGAAUAACCUUGGGGGAUACCCCAUCAUGUGUGCAUAUAAGCUGUGUAAAGUGGAGUUCCGAUAUUGGGGCAUGCAGUCGAAAAUUGAACGAUUCAUUCAUGAUGUGGGUCUUCGGAAAGUUAUGGUCAGAGCACAUCGGCAGGCAUGGUGUUGGCAAGAUGAAUGGUAUGGCUUAUCCAUAGAAGACAUUAGACAACUGGAGAAGGAAACACAACUGAUGCUGGCACAGAAAAUGGCACAGUUCAGCUUAAGUGAAAAUGAAGCAGAGCAGCAUGGCUCCAAAGAAUCUCCUGGAGAGAAGGAUACAGAGACCAGGGUUAUCACCUCUAUUGAAACAGUAGAUGAGCCAAGUGGCAUUUCAGAGUCACGGACAGGAAGAGGCUUGACCAAGCAGUGGUCUACAUCUUCCAGAUCAUCUAGGUCUUCAAUGAGAGGAGCCAGUCCUUCUCGACACAGUAUGUCAGAGUGGAGAAUGCAGAGCAUCGCCAGGGAUUCAGAUGAGAGCUCAGAUGAUGAGUUUUUCGAUGCUCAUGGUAAUUACUCCAAUAUCCUUGUUUACCCAACACUUUCAGAUGACUCCUAUCACGAAACAGCAGAAUAUACUGCCAGUUCCGGUGUGGAGGGAUUAAGCAUAAUGGAGGAUGAAUCGGCACAAACCUCCUUGCAGCCAUGUAAAGUCCAUGUACUAAUCCUGGUGCUUCAUGGUGGUAAUAUCCUGGAUACAGGCAGCGGAGACCAGACUUCCAAGCAGGGUGACGUCAAUACCAUCAAAUCUGUGUUUGACACCGUAAUGAGGGUGCAUUACCCAGCGGCAUUAGGACACAUUACAGUCAGGCUCGUUCCCUGCCCAGCCAUCUGCUCAGAAGCAUUCUCAUUGGUAUCCAACUUGAGCCCAUACAGUUAUGAUGAAGGUUGUUUAUCUAAUAGUCAGGACCACAUCCCUCUAGCCGCUCUCCCUCUGUUGGCUACAUCAUCUCCUCAGUACCUUGAAGCUGUGGCAACAGUCAUUCAUCGUGCCAACCAGGUGUAUGUGGACUUCACAAAGUCACAAGAAGGCAUGUCCUUUACCGGGCAGGUGUGUUUAGUUGGCGACUGUGUUGGAGGAAUUUUGGGAUUUGAUGCCUUAUGUUACAGCAAUCAGACUGUGUCUGAAAGUCAGAAUAGCAGCCGCAGAGGAAGCAUUGUGAGUGUUCAGGAUACAGAUCUCUUAUCUCCAGGUAUCAGUGUUAACAACAGUUAUUGCUCUAGCAGUUCAAAUCUAGAGACUAGUCGACACUUAAGCCGCAGCAACAUAGACAUACCUCGGAGCAAUGGUGAAGACCCAAAGAAACAGCUUCCUCGUAAGAGAAGUGACUCCUCAACCUAUGAGCUGGACACAAUAAAGCAGCACCAAGCUUUUCUCUCUAGUUUACAUGCAAGUGUCCUCAGAAAUGAUCCUGGGUCUCGAAGGUCAAGCAGCUCUACAAUGCUGGAUGGAGGCAGCAUUGGAAAGUUUGACUUUGAGAUUACAGACUUCUUCAUGUUUGGCUCUCCUCUUGGACUAGUGUUGGCUCUGAGGAAAACAGUGAUUCCAGCCCUUGACAUUUACCAGCUCCGACCUGGUUGCCAGCAGGUUUACAACCUCUUCCACCCAGCUGAUCCUUCUGCCUCACGUGUAGAGCCACUUCUAGAAAAGAAGUUCCAUCUGCUGCCUCCCUUUAAUAUCCCUCGAUACCAGAGAUUCCCUUUGGGAGAUGGCAACUCCGCCCUCUUGGUCGAGGCUAUACAGAACAACCCCUUCCUUCUAAUGGAAGGCAGCCCAGCAGUUGCUCUCCAGCGUCAAGAUGGCAUCAUGGAAACCAGUAUCCCUGUUCCCGUCCUAAGCUACCAAGACACUUCCAGUAAAGCUACCACUUGUGCUGAAUCGGAUGUUGUUCAGUUUCAUGGUACAGUCUUCGUGGAAAAUGCCUCCCCUUCCUCCCCCAUAACAGCUCCCCACUUCAGGGGGUACAGAAGAGCAAGUGAAAUCAGCAUUGCAAGUCAGGUCUCUGGAAUGGCUGACAGUUACACGGCUUCAAACAUAGCCAACAUUGCAGCAAAGUGGUGGGGUACAAAAAGAAUCGACUAUGCCCUUUAUUGUCCAGAUGCCCUUACUGCUUUCCCCACAGUUGCCCUUCCUCACCUUUUUCAUGCCAGUUACUGGGAAUCUACAGAUGUUGUUUCAUUCCUCUUAAGACAGGUCAUGAGGCAUGAAACUGCUAGUGUUUUGGAGCUGGUUGGAAAAGAAGUCUCUGUAUUUAGCCCAUCAAAGCCAAGAGAGAAAUGGCUGAGAAAGCGAACACACGUAAAGCUACGGAAUGUUGCUGCCAACCACAGAAUAAAUGACGCUGUAGCCAAUGAAGAUGGACCCCAGACACUCAAUGGACGGUUCAUGUAUGGUCCUCUUGAUAUGGUAACCCUCACUGGUGAAAAGGUGGAUAUUCAUAUAAUGACGCAGCCUCCAUCUGGAGAAUGGGUUUACUUUGAUACCGAAAAUACCAACAGCAGUGGCAGAAUUUCAUAUGUCAUCCCUGAACAUAGGAGACUUGGUGUCGGUGUAUAUCCAUUAAAAAUGGUCGUCAGGGGAGACCAUACGUCUGCUGACAGCUACCUCCAUGUUUUACCUAAAACAACAGAAUUUGUAGUAUUCAGCAUUGACGGAUCUUUUGCCGCUAGCGUUUCCAUCAUGGGCAGUGACCCGAAAGUUAGAGCAGGGGCAGUGGAUGUAGUGAGGCACUGGCAGGAUCUUGGCUACCUCAUUAUCUAUGUCACAGGCAGACCCGACAUGCAGAAACAAAGAGUGGUGGCAUGGCUUGCACAGCACAACUUUCCACAUGGCAUAGUCUCAUUUUGUGACGGAUUGGUUCAUGAUCCCCUGCGGCACAAAGCAAACUUUCUGAAAAGCUUGAUUCAAGAUGUACAUAUGAAAAUCCAUGCAGCUUAUGGCUCCACAAAGGAUAUCUCAGUGUACAGCGCUAUAGGUCUGUCACCAAUGCAAAUCUUUAUUGUAGGUCGACCAACCAAGAAGCUGCAACACCAGUGUCAGUUCAUCACCGAAGGCUAUGCUUCUCACCUCGCACAACUGGAAUACAGCCACCGAUCUCGGCCUGCCAAGAACGCCAACAGAAUAGCAUUGCGGAAAGGAAGCUUUUGUCUUCCGGGUCAGUCAGAUUUCCUAAGGAAGAGGAAUCAUUUACUUCGCACCAUCUCAUCACAGCCCACAGCUAGCAGUAACCACAGACCAGAGCGAACGCAAAGUCAGUCAGAGAGUGACCGCGACCGGGAAAAGGAACGUAGCCAAAGAAGUAUGAGCAUUGCAGCAGGAUGCUGGGGGAGGAGUGCGCCACCCACCAAGCUGGAUUCUGGCGUUUUAAGUCAGAAGUGAGCUCCCAUGCAUCGUGAACUAAUUCUUGUGCUUGGCUCUUGCCACUUUAAAGGGAGGGGAGCAAAAAAAAGGGACAGAGG